UUGUCACAAGGAAGCCGAUCUAUAGUAACCAGUCUCUAAGAUUCAAGGCUUGCAAAAUGACGCAGAUUCAAAGGGGCACUUGGCUUCAAGAAAAAAUAGAGCUCCUCAAAAACGAGUUUGUUACAGAUGAUGUGGUGGACGGUUGGUUUUUGAUGAAUAGUUUCCAGCCCGUUUUUUGGAUUGCUGUUGCUUACUUACUUUUUGUCCUCAAAUUGGGUCCCAAAAUUAUGGAAAAAAGGGAGCCCCUACCGAUAAGAGGACUCAUGGUAGCCUACAAUCUAUUUCAAAUAUUCUUCAAUGGCUGGCUCGUCUGGUUGCUAUUCACCACUCCUGGAAGCAUGCUCUACGUAAGAAAAGACAUAUGCCAAUUCCCCGGAAGGAAGAAUAAUCCGUAUUUUCUGCCAGUCUUAACAGGGUCCUGGUACUUCUUCAUUUCCAAAUUGAUCGAUCUAUUAGAUACGGUAUUCUUCGUCUUACGAAAAAAACAAUCUCAUAUAACUUUCUUUCACGUCUUUCACCACGUCAACGUCCUUAUUCUGUCUUGGGCGUUUCUCAAAUACAUGAAAGAUGAACAUGCCGUGUUAGCCGGAGCUUUGAAUUCAUUCGUUCAUAUCUGGAUGUCAUCUUAUUACUUGUUGGCAGCUUUAGGACCGCCGAUGCGGAAAUAUCUUUGGUGGAAGAAACACAUGACUCAACUCCAAAUAGGUCAUUUGGUUAUAAUUUUGGCAUAUAUUGGAGUAUUAAUUUGGUAUCGAUGCAAAGUGCUGAUAUCUCUCGCCUUGUACAUCGCAGUGAACAUCUUCGUUUUUCUUUAUUUCUUCCUCGAGUUCUACUUCAGAACAUACACCAAAGGGACGAAAGCCACAAUUGGCGAGGAAAAGAAUAAGAAAACCACAUGAUCUCCGUUGAAAUGUAAUCGAAGCCUAAUUAAAUACAUUCAGUGGGUUUUCAAUGAUAUUGUGUCACUCGUCGGAAAAGGAGACCCUUAUAGUCUUGGCUUUGUUUUUGAUCACUAGCUGUCCAAUUAUUGUGAAAAAUGAAAACUCAUCCCUUAUUGUCAACUCGUAUCCUGAAUAACCCCUCUCGUUUAUUGCACAUUCUGAUUUUUACAUAUCUAAGGAUUUUUUUUUAAAUUUAAAAAGUGAAACAAUAAAACCCUUCCUCUCUCUUUA